AAACUAUGCAUACCCAAAAGAGGCUCGAAGAUGCAUUUGGUGAAGAAAGUGAAGAAGUAGAUGAAUGGGGCAUAUAUAAAGCUGUGAUUGGAGGGCCGAGUCACGGCAGAAUUCGUGGCUUAGGUGAUGGCAUGAUACCACUUGAAGAUGAAGAUGUGGACUCUUCUAGCCACACUUGCGAUAAGCAUCCAUGCAUGGCGUGUGAGAAAGAAUUCAAACAAGUGAAUGAGAAAGUUACAACUUCUACCAACCAGCUAGAAGAUUUGAAGCAAGUGGUUAUGACUUUGCUAUCGAAGAACUCAACUCAUUCUGAAUGCGCAACAGAAGCACCAUCUACGGGAAAUACCACAGGGACCUCAGGUGCAAAUCAUGAAGACAAAUGAUGAAUACAAGAAAUACUACUUUCAUGUUAUUUGCUAAUAUUAAAUAAGUACUGUAU